GUUCGCACUGUGUAUAUGUAAAUGAUUAAAGAAAUUGGAUAACCCUUGUUGAAUAUAUAAGAGCUACUUUUUUUAAGACUAUCUUAAAUGAAAUAACUGGAAUAUCUUUCAUUUCAUGUUUUGUGAAUUAAUUAUUCGAUCAAAAAUGUACACUUGCACAUUAAUAUUUCUCUUAUGUACCUUCAAUUUUAACUACGUUAAAUCAAACAACGUCUUAAAUGUUCGAGACGUUGGAGAACCAUUAUUUUUGACUCCAUUAAUAGAAAGUAACAAAAUAUAUGAAGCUAGAAAUGCAGCAAAAGUGGAUCCGAAACUUUUUCACAAUAUUCAAAGUUACUCAGGUUAUCUUACAGUGGAUAAAAGAUUUCAUUCGAAUUUGUUCUUCUGGUUCUUCCCAGCUCAAGAAAAUUAUCAACAAGCUCCUGUUCUGCUUUGGUUGCAAGGUGGUCCAGGUGCAUCAUCAUUAUAUGCUCUCUUUGAAGAAAAUGGCCCGUUUUACCUCAAAGCUUCAAAUAAACUGGAAUUGAAUCAACAUUCGUGGGCCAAAAAACAUUCAGUAAUCUACAUCGACAACCCAGUGCAAACGGGAUAUAGUUUCACCAAAGGGGGUUUCGCUAAAAACCAAACCAAAGUAGGAGAAGAUCUUUAUCAAGCUUUGAAACAAUUUUUUACUCUGUUUCCCGAACUUCAACACAACGAUUUUUUUGUAACCGGAGAAUCUUAUGGAGGAAAAUAUGUACCAGCUAUUGCAUAUAAAAUUUUAAUGAUGAAUCCCUUAACUAAUUUGAAGAUAAAUUUGAAAGGAAUAACCAUAGGAAAUGGAUUAUGCGAUCCGGAAUAUCAGGUGGAGAUUCAUGACCAUGUAUAUCAACUAGGGUUAAUAGACUCCAAUGGAAGACAAAAAUUUAUAAAUAUGGAGCAAAAAGUGAUAUAUUACAUAAGAAAAAAACAAUUCGACAAAGCUUUUCGUGUAUUUGACAAUUUUCUUAAUGGAGAUUUUAAUGGAGGCAACACCCUUUUCAAAAACUUAACUGGUUUCACCAAUUAUUUCAAUUUUCUAAACGCUUAUUCUGAUAGAAGUAAAGAGCCUGUCAGUUAUUUCAUACAACAGGAACAUAUCCGUAAAGCCAUUCACGUAGGCAAUUUGACAUUCAACAACGGAGUAGAAACUGAAAAGAAUUUGUUAAGCGAUAUUAUGGAUUCAGUGGCGCCUUGGAUUUCGGAAAUAUUAAACCACAUCAGAGUACUCUUUUAUAAUGGUCAACUCGACCUUAUAGUACCUUAUACAUCUACCGUCAAUUUCAUACGAAACUUGAAUUUUAGUGCUGCUAAUGAAUACAAAACAGCUGCUAGACAUUUUUGGAGUGAUGAUAAAGAAAUAGCUUGGUACGUGAAAGAAGCUGGUAACUUAACUGAAGUUAUGGUUAGAAAUUCCGGUCAUAUGGUGCCUACUGAUCAACCUGCAUGGGCUUUAAAUCUCAUUUCAAGGUUUGUAAGAAAUCAGCCGUUGUGGAAUAAGUAAAAGUUUAAAUAAAUAUUGUUUAUAACGAA